CUUGAGUCACUCUUCUCCACCCUUCACUCGCAGCACGCCGUCGCCUCCUUCUUCUCUUCUUCUUUCCUUCUUCUCUUCUGAAUCUCUGAUCCACUCCCAAGCCCACGACGCCCACUCGCCCAGUGCCACGCCGACGACGCCCAGUGCCCACGUGAAAGGUUCUCUCGAGCAACAACCCUAGGCAAUCGAAGAUGAUCAUUCCAGUUCGUUGCUUUACCUGCGGCAAGGUGAUUGGAAACAAGUGGGACACAUAUCUUGACCUUCUCCAAUCAGAUUACUCCGAAGGAGAUGCUCUUGAUGCAUUGGGUUUGGUUCGCUAUUGCUGUAGGCGAAUGCUCAUGACUCAUGUUGAUCUCAUUGAAAAGCUUCUGAAUUACAAUACUAUGGAGAGGAGUGACAACACUUGAUGAAUGGGGUUACAAGUUAACAGAAGCUGGUUUUACUGAAAGCCAUGUGUUUUUGGGUGUCUAUCUAUGUUUUCCCUGUUUCAUUCAGUUUGGGGCUUGUAUUAGUCCUUGGUCCAAUAGAAUGAAGCUAGAUACAGGCGAAGAAUUUAUGGAAUGCACUAGAGAAAAUUAUGUUCUUGCUUUAGUUAGCAUCAUGAAUGGUCAUUGAUACGUUUGAGUUAUGAAGAACCUAUCUCACUACAUUAAAAUAUGUUUGUUGCCUGGUA